CGCACAGUCCCGGCCCCGAGGCGGGCCAGGCUCGGGCGAGAACCCGCCCUCCAGCGGGCUCCUCUCCCUAAAAAGGGGGGGGGGAGGAGGGAGCGAGGGAGGCGAAGCGGGAGCAAAAGGCGAGAGAGAAAGAGGGGAGCAGGCCGGGGAGAGGCGCGGAGGAGCGGGCCGCGAGCGAGGGCGAGGCGGCCGGCCGGCGCGCGGGGGGCGGGAGACAGGAAGGAGGGAAGGGGAGGCGCGGGGGGAGCGAGCGAGAGAGCGAGCGAGCGAGCGAGCGAGCGCGCGCCGGCCCGAGGGCAGCGCCUCCCCUGCCCGCCGUCGGCCGCCUCCCUCCCGCCGGCUCCCGCGCCGGGCGACCGCCGCCCCGCGCCCCGCGCGCCCCGCGCGCCCCGCGCCGCCAGCAUGCCCGGCGUGGCCCGCCCGCCGCCGCCACCGCCGCCGCCGCUGCUGCUGCUGCUGCUGCUGCUGCUGCCCGCGCGCCCCGGCCGGCCGCUGGAUUUGGCCGACUACACCUAUGACCUGGGCGAGGAGGACGACCCGGAGCCCCUGAACUACAAAGACCCCUGCAAGGCGGCGGCCUUUCUCGGAGACAUCGCCCUGGAUGAGGAGGACCUGUGGGCCUUCCGGGCGACGCCACGCGCGGCCCGCACGUCUUCCAUCAGAGCCGCAGUUCACAAAGCACCUUCAAGAGUGUUAUGUAACUCCACUGUCCCCACGCCGCUUCAAAGGGCCGUGUCAGGUCCGGAAACCGAGACUCGAAGAGAAAAUUCUUCCACCACCACCUGCCAGAACACCCGUGGGCAGCCUCAGAGGGACACCCGUGGGAGAUGGAGAGGCCGGGCCCGGAGCCGGAGCCGGAGCCGGCGGGCAGCCACCUCCAGACCGGAGCGCGUGUGGCCCGAUGGGGUCAUCCCCUUUGUUAUUGGGAGCAACUUCACUGGCAGCCAGCGGGCAGUCUUCCGGCAAGCCAUGAGGCACUGGGAGAAGCACACCUGUGUCACCUUCCUGGAGCGCACCGAUGAGGAUAGCUACAUCGUGUUCACCUACCGACCCUGCGGGUGCUGCUCCUACGUGGGUCGCCGCGGCGGGGGCCCCCAGGCCAUCUCCAUCGGCAAGAACUGUGACAAGUUCGGCAUCGUGGUCCACGAACUGGGCCAUGUCAUUGGCUUCUGGCACGAGCACACGCGGCCGGACCGGGACCGCCACGUGUCCAUCGUGCGGGAGAACAUCCAGCCAGGGCAGGAGUAUAACUUCCUGAAGAUGGAAGUGCAGGAGGUAGAGUCCCUCGGGGAGACCUACGACUUUGACAGCAUCAUGCACUACGCCCGGAACACCUUCUCCAGGGGCAUCUUCCUGGACACCAUUGUGCCCAAGUACGAGGUGAACGGGGUGAAGCCCCCCAUCGGCCAGAGGACCCGGCUCAGCAAGGGCGACAUCGCACAAGCCCGCAAGCUCUACAAGUGCCCAGCCUGUGGAGAGACCCUGCAGGACAGCACCGGCAACUUCUCCUCCCCCGAGUACCCCAACGGCUACUCCGCCCACAUGCACUGUGUCUGGCGCAUCUCGGUCACGCCGGGGGAGAAGAUCAUCCUGAACUUCACGUCCAUGGACCUGUACCGCAGCCGCCUGUGCUGGUAUGACUACGUGGAGGUGCGGGACGGCUUCUGGAGGAAGGCCCCCCUAAGAGGCCGCUUCUGCGGGGGCAAGCUCCCCGAGCCCAUCGUCUCCACCGACAGCCGCCUCUGGGUUGAAUUCCGCAGCAGCAGCAACUGGGUUGGAAAGGGCUUCUUCGCGGUCUAUGAAGCCAUCUGUGGGGGUGACGUGAAGAAGGACAAUGGCCACAUCCAGUCACCCAAUUACCCGGAUGACUACCGGCCCAGCAAGGUGUGCAUCUGGAGGAUCCAGGUGUCUGAGGGCUACCACGUGGGCCUCACGUUCCAGUCCUUCGAGAUCGAGCGCCAUGACAGCUGUGCCUACGACUACCUGGAGGUGCGCGACGGGCACAGCGAGAGCAGCGCCCUCAUCGGGCGCUACUGCGGCUACGAGAAGCCCGACGACAUCAAGAGCACCUCCAGCCGCCUCUGGCUCAAGUUCGUCUCCGACGGCUCCAUCAACAAAGCCGGCUUCGCUGUCAACUUUUUCAAAGAGGUGGACGAGUGCUCUCGGCCUAACCGCGGGGGCUGCGAGCAGCGAUGCUUGAACACCCUGGGCAGCUACAAGUGCAGCUGUGACCCCGGCUACGAGCUGGCCCCCGACAAGCGCCGCUGUGAGGCUGCCUGCGGUGGGUUCCUCACCAAGCUCAAUGGCUCCAUCACCAGCCCGGGCUGGCCCAAGGAGUACCCCCCGAACAAGAACUGUAUCUGGCAGCUGGUGGCACCCACCCAGUACCGCAUCUCCUUGCAGUUUGACUUCUUUGAGACCGAGGGCAACGACGUGUGCAAGUACGACUUCGUGGAGGUGCGCAGCGGGCUCACGGCCGACUCCAAGCUGCACGGCAAGUUCUGUGGCUCCGAGAAGCCUGAGGUCAUCACCUCCCAGUACAACAACAUGCGCGUGGAGUUCAAGUCCGACAACACCGUGUCCAAAAAGGGCUUCAAGGCCCAGUUCUUCUCAGACAAGGACGAGUGCUCCAAGGACAACGGCGGCUGCCAGCAGGACUGCGUCAACACGUUCGGCAGCUACGAGUGCCAGUGUCGCAGCGGCUUCGUCCUCCACGACAACAAACACGACUGCAAGGAAGCUGGCUGUGACCACAAGGUGACGUCCACCAGCGGCACCCUCACCAGCCCCAACUGGCCCGACAAGUACCCCAGCAAGAAGGAGUGUACCUGGGCCAUCUCCAGCACCCCCGGGCACCGGGUCAAGCUGACCUUCGUGGAGAUGGACAUCGAGUCCCAGCCCGAAUGCGCCUACGACCACCUGGAGGUGUUUGACGGCCGCGACGCCAAGGCCCCUGUCCUGGGGCGCUUCUGUGGCACCAAGAAGCCCGAGCCCGUCCUGGCCACCGGGAACCGCAUGUUCCUGCGCUUCUACUCGGACAACUCGGUCCAGCGCAAGGGCUUCCAGGUGCAGCACUCCACAGAGUGUGGGGGCCAGGUGCGGGCAGACGUGAAGACCAAGGACCUGUACUCCCACGCCCAGUUCGGAGACAACAACUACCCCGGGGGCGUGGACUGUGAGUGGGUCAUCGUGGCCGAGGAGGGCUACGGCGUGGAGCUCGUGUUCCAGACGUUCGAGGUGGAGGAGGAGAGCGACUGUGGCUACGACUACAUGGAGCUCUUCGAUGGCUACGACAGCACCGCCCCCAGGCUGGGGCGCUACUGCGGCUCCGGGCCCCCCGAGGAGGUCUACUCGGCUGGAGACUCCGUCCUGGUGAGGUUCCACUCGGAUGACACCAUCACCAAAAAAGGCUUCCACCUGCGCUACACCAGCACCAAGUUCCAGGACACACUCCACAGCAGGAAGUGACGGCUGCUGCCCUCGGUCAGCCAGGCCGGACAGUGCAGGGUCGGGGUGAGCGAAGGCGCCAGGACCUGCAGGUGCUGCCGUCCCCGGAGGUGGGGGGACUGGACUCCUUCAUCAGCGAUCCUCACAGCCAGAGCGAGGGGGCAGGGCCAGGGAGCCAGCUCGCUCCCUGAGACACUUGAAGUGACCGUCCCUCCCCGGGAGGCCCCGCCGGGCCCAGGGGCUGUCCCGUAGCGCCUGCCGCCUCCCGCCCAGCUCUGCUCGCUGCGUUGUGUACAGCCGGCGGCGGCGGUGUCUGCAUUGUAACGUGCGUCUCUCACCCUCCUCCAGCCUCCACUGGGCACACGUGUCCGUGCCUGUCCCCCAGGGGCCACAGUGGGGGCGGGGAGUGGCAGGAGAAACAAGACAAGGGCGUCUCUCGGGCCCAGUGGCUGGUCAGUCACACCGGGGGUACCCCGGCCAAUAAACAGAAAGUGUUACAGCCAA